AUGUCUCCUUCGAUUCUUUUACCUUAUAUUUAUGGAUUAGAUUUAUCAAAAAAUGAAUUUGGAAAUGAUCAACAAUUUCCAAUAUCAUUACAAGAAAUGUGUAAUUUACGUUGGCUUGAAUUAAAUCGUACAAAUGUUAAUCGUUUACCAGAAUUUAUUGGCACACUUAAAUCACUUGAAAAAUUAAGUUUAUCACAUAAUAAUUUACGUGAUGUACCAUUUUGUUUAAAUAAUUUAACAUCAUUACGUUCAUUAUCAUUACGAGAUAAUCAUGUAUCACAUACACAAAUAUCAGCACGUUUAUUUAAUAAUCCAGAUUUAUCAAUACUUGAUUUAAGUCAUAAUAAUCUACAAGCAUUUCCUAAAGAUAUUGAAAAUGCGAAAGGUCUUAUUGUACUUAAUCUUUCAUCAAAUCAAAUCGAACAAAUUCCUAGUCAUGUAUUUGUAUCACUUUUUGAAUUAGUUCAUCUUAAUUUAAGUGAUAAUAAAAUUGACACAUUACCAGCACAAAUGCGUCGCUUAACAUCAUUACAAGUAUUAAUAUUAAAUAAUAAUCCUCUUAUUCAUGCACAAUUAAGACAAUUAUCAUCAAUGAAUUCACUUGAAACACUUCAUUUGAGUAAUACGAAACGAACAUUAAAUAAUGUUCCAGCUAUACUUGAACAGUUACCAAAUCUUUCUGAUCUUGAUUUAUCAGCAAAUGAUCUUCCGGCUGUACCGGAUGUUGUAUAUAAAUUAAAAGCACUCAAACGUUUGAAUUUAAAUGAUAAUCAAAUAAGUGAAUUAACUGGUCAAUCAGAUAGUUGGCCACAACUUGAAAUUUUACAAAUAUGUCGAAAUAAAUUAAGAAGUCUUCCUCAACAAUUAAUGCGUUGUACUAAAUUAAGACGUCUUUAUUUAAAUAGCAAUCAAAUUAGUUUAUAUGGUUUACCAAGAGGAAUAUUUAAUCUUGAAAAACUUGAAGUGUUUAGUGCAGCUGAUAAUAAUUUAGAAACAAUACCUGAUGCACUUUGUCGAUUAGGAAGUUUAAAAGUAUUAAAUUUAAAUAAAAAUAAAUUAUUAACAUUACCAGAAGCUAUUCAUUUUUUACAAUUAAAAGUAACACGUAUUCGUCGUUUAAAUAAACCUGAACAACGAAAUUCACCAGGUAGUGGUGGUUCAUCUGAAACUGUUUUACGUGGUAUGCGUGAAACAGCUAAACGUAAACAUGCAUUAGAUUCAAAUACAAGUAAUAAUGGACAUUAUAAUGAUAAUGAAGAAAUAGCUGGUCGUCGUUGGGAUGAACAAAUUGAACGACCACAAUUAAAUUAUAGUGAAUUUUUUGAUGGUGCUAUUGGUCAUAUAGCUGGUAUAACAUGUUGGGAAAUCGAAAAUUUUCUUCCCAAACAAUUAGAACGUCAAUUAAAUGGUACAUUUUAUACAGGUGAUUGUUAUAUUAUAUUACAUACAAUGGUUGAAUUAUCGGGUAAUACAGAUUGGAAUAUUUUUUUUUGGAUUGGACAAGAUGCAACGUUGGAUAAACAAGCAUGUGCAGCAAUGCAUGCUGUUAAUUUACGUAAUAUGCUUGGUGCAUCAUGUCGUACUCAACGUGAAGAACAAGGAGAUGAAUCAGAUGAAUUUUUAACUUUAUUUAAUCAUCAUCUACGAGUAAUUGAUGGUGCUAGAACAGAAACUGGAUUUUGGGUUGUACGAGAUGUUGAACAUCCAACACGUUUUUAUCGUGCUAGUGGUACUCAAAAACUUCAUGUUGAACUUGUACCAAUUGAAGCAACAUCUCUUGAUUCUCGUUAUGUAUUUUUUCUUGAUAUUGGACCAAGACUUUAUAUAUGGAACGGUAAAAAAUGUAAUAGUAUGACAAAAGCUAAAACACGAUUAUUUGUUGAAAAAUUAAAUAAAAGUGAAAGAAAAGGUCUUAGUGAAUUAAUACAAAUAAAUCAAGGUGAAGAAACAGAUAAAUUUUGGAAAGAAUUAGGUGGUAAACCACAAGAUUUUCAAGUAACUAGUCAUGUAGCCAAUGAUUUUGUUCCAUCAAGAUCUAUUCUUUAUAAAGUUGAUCUUGGACAAGAAUUUAUUGAAUUACCUCAAGUUGAACUUGAACCAGGUGGUUUUCUUAAAAAAGAAUUAUUACAUACAAGAAAUAUUUAUAUUCUUGAUUGUCAUACUGAAUUAUUUGUUUGGAUUGGUAAAAAAUCAGCACGACUUGUUCGAAUGGCAGCAACUCGUUUAGCAUGUGAAUUAUUGUCAAUGAUUCAACGACCACCACAUGCUGUCAUUACGAAAACACUUGAAGGAGCGGAAACUCAAGUAUUUAAAUCAAAAUUUGAUGCUUGGGAUGAUGUAUUAGCUGUAGAUUUUACUCGUACAGCUGAAAAUGUAUCAAAGAAGGGUGCAGAUAUGAAGAAAAUUCUUCAAGAAAAUGAAAUGAAAACAAAUUUAACAGCUCUAUUCAAAAAUCGUCCACCAUGGCAAACACGUCAAGCAGCUCAAGAAGCUCUUGAAGAUUGGAAUAUAUUUUUACUUCAACCAUUUUCUAUGUUUGUUUACGAAAAUAAAAAAUUUGUUAAAUUACCUGAUGAUGAACGAGGACAAUUUUAUUCUCAUGAUUCAUAUUUAUUUGUUGCUCGUUAUUUAUUACCAAGUGAAGAUGAAAGUAUGGAUAAUAGUGAACUUGAAGAUGAAAUUAAAGAUUCUGAUACUGAACGUAUUGUUUAUUUUUGGCAAGGAAGAAAUGCAAAUAAUACAGCAUGGUUAUCAUUUAAUUUUACUUUUAAACAAGAAUUAAUCGAUGUACUUGGAGAUUUUGAAAUUAUACAAUUAAUACAACAACAAGAAAAUCAAAGAUUUAUGGCACAUUUUAAUCGAAAGUUUAUUAUACAUAAUGGAAAACGUCGUACAGCUGCACAACGUAUGCAAACACCACUACAACGAUUAACACAAACACAAAUGUAUCAUAUACGUUGGUGUUAUUCGACUAUCAUGACACGUUGUAUACAAAUUGAAGCUACAUCAGCAAAUUUAUGUUCAGAAUUUUGUUAUAUUGUCACUGUACCACUUGACUCGGGUGAUAUUAUUGGUAUUGUUUAUGUAUGGAUUGGAAAUUCUGUCCAUCCUGAUGAUGCUUUACUUGCACAAGAAAUUGCUAAUGAAAUGUAUAAUGAUUCAUAUACAAUUCAAGUGAUUAAUGAAGGUAAUGAACCUGAAAACUUCUUUUGGGUUGGCUUAGGUGAUCGAUUGCCAUAUGAUCUCACAGCUGAUUAUAUGCGAUAUAUGCGUUUAUUUAAAUGUUCGAAUGAUAAUGGAUUUUUUGUUGUUACAGAAAAAUAUGCAGAUUUUUGUCAAGAUGAUUUACUGGAUGAUGAUUGUAUGUUACUCGAUACUGGAACGUAUGUUUUCUUAUGGAAAGGCCCAACAGCUAGUAUAAUUGAAGUCAAAUUUGCAGCGAAAAGUGCUGAACUUUACAUUCAACAUUUACGUACACGUGAACCUGAUCGACCACGUAAAUUACGUUUAACUGUAAAAAAUUCUGAACCAAUUGAAUUUCGUAAAUGUUUUCAUGCAUGGUCAAAACAUAAAAAUCCACCUCGUGAACUUGAAAAACAAAAUGCUUUUUCUAUUAGUCAACAGGAACAACAAAAACAAGCACCAAAAAAAUCUCAUUCAACAAACAUAUUUGUCUAA